UGAAAUCGCGACGAGGAAUCGGAAUCGACAGCCACCACUCCACUUCACCAAUGGGCCCCAUGCGGGCCAAGCGCGUCUGCUGCGCUGGGCCCGUGGGCCAGGCGACUCUCCACGUUCUCGUGCCGGGGCCCGGCGGGUCAGCAGCUGCUGCGGCCGCUGUGCGCGUGCGCGUGGAGGCGUGCGCCCUGGGUGUCCACGCCGUGCUGCUGAGUGGCUCCGGCUCAUUCCCGGCGGACUACAAAACCCGGCCCGGAGCUCUGAAGGUGUCGGUGUCGGAGGCGACUCCCACCACCACCACCGCCACCGCCGCCGCCGCCGCCGCCGCCGCCGCUACCACCAUGGCCCUGGGAGGAGCCGAGUGGGAGGCGGUGUCCUGGCAGCUUGCCGGUUGCACCUCGUGGCUCUGCGGCUACUUCCAGAGGCCUGCGGAGGCCGGGCACGAGGAGGCCCCGGCACUCCACCUCCCGGGGCUCGCUCCAGAUGGAUUCACGAAUCUGUUGUACCGCACUCUGACGCGGGAGGUGUGCGUGGGCCGCACGGUGACGUACGGAGGCCUCGCCGAGCUCGCUGGGGCCUCCAGGACGGCCGCUCGAGCCGUCGGCAAUGCCAUGCGGCACAACCCGGUGCCGCUGUUGGUGCCGUGCCACCGCGUGGUGCCGGCUCAGGGGGGCUCCGGCUCCUUCCAGGGACGCCUCUCGUCACAGCUCAAGGCCUGGCUCCUCCGGCAUGAGCAGGGCACAGACGCCCCAACCUCCGGCCCAUGAUGGCCGGGUUUACAAUGGCCUGGUUUAUACAGCGAGGGGAAAAAAAA